AUGAAUGAAGAAUGGGGAAUGGGAUACCUCCUGCGUGAGGACAGUUUUAUUUGUGACGGAAGACAGGGUCUCAACCGUCGUCGAAAUAACAAAUAUAGUAUUCAUAGGAGAGAAAAGAGGCAAGCCAGAUGGGGCUCUCAAAAUCAAAAUGUUAUGGACUGGCUCAUGCGCAAUAUGCAAACACAGCAACAUCAACAAAGAUGGCAGGUUCCUCCUAAACCAGGGAAUUUCCAAAAUACGCGUGAUACAAUGCCCACACCAACAUGGGCACCAACUACCCUAGGAACACAAGUUAACUUUGGGGGUCAGAACUGGGGCAAUACAGAACCGACCCCUGUCAGAUUCCCAUCAAUGUUUAACAAUAUGGCAAGAUCCAGAAAUAGUCUUCAAUCACCAUCAACAUCAUUCAGACCACCAUCACCGGCUCAAGCUCCAAAAUCGUCAACCAGGACACGCACCAGUGGGAAAAAGAAAACUAGUGGACAUUCAAAUAGUCCGAAAUCUGUCCGAAAGACUAACCCAUCUCCGCCUAUGCGAAAAAAUCCGUCAGCAGGUCGGAAGUCACCUUCAAGAAAUGCACCAACGGCACCCAUUCCUAAUUAUCCACCUACAAUGCCUCCAAGGCCUGUAGGAAGAUCAAAAUCCAGGCGAAAUAGACCGAGACCUCAAAGUCAAUCCUUUGCACCAAAAUCAAAUCUCAAAACGUCAAGUAUAAUACCGCCUUCUCUCCUACAAGGACUAGGACGUGCCAUGGCAGAUAAACUGAGGUCUAUGUGGAUGAAUCCCCUUUAUCAACAACAAGCUAAGGCUGCUGGAGACAAUUUCGUUGUCAACCCAAAUCCAGUGAACGUCGGUUAUCGUGCAUGUCCCUUCGGAAUCAUGGCUGAACGAUGUGUGUACAACCCGUGUCCAAGGUGCCGUAAUCAGAUGAUAGAAUGUUGGACAAACCCAUGUGGUGGGUGCACGGGAGAAAUGUACUUACAUGGUCGUAGAAUUCAUGACUGUGAGACGAUUUAAAGAUGGUGUUGAUGGUCUUAAAACCAGGAGGAUUACGAGAAAGCUUGAAAUGUAAUCGAACAGCAUCGAACUUUGCUUUAUUUCAAAUGUAUCUACCUUUUUGCCACUGAUUUGAUGUCUCUAUAUAUAGAAUCAUAAUUGUUAACAAAAGAUCAAGGGUUUUAACACAGCAUCAACAGAUGGAGAUAAACACUACAACGCAUCUCGCUCAGUAGUCAUGAUAUUUAAAUUUGAUAUUUUUGUCAAUAUAUU